GAGGAACUUGACCCCUUCGCCAUGUUUUUGGAAAUACUUCCUUUCUCCUCUUUCAUCUCCUGCGGAGAGGACAGAAAUCUCAACAUUGAGCACUCGCUCCGAGACAGUGACCAAGUCCGUCGUUAAGAGGAGAAAGAGCAACAACCUUUCUCCAACCUGGGCCACAGAGAUCCCUUUUUUGGGGGGAUGACUCGAGACGAAGAUGAGGACGAUGAGGAAGAGGAAGAGGAAGGAGCCACAUGUGGCCAUGGGAACCGGAGGUUUGAUGGUUCCCAGCCCCCAGAGGAAUUUGGCUUCAGUUUCGGCUUCAGCCCAGGAGAAGGGAUGCGUUUUCAGGAUAACUUCGGCUUUGAUGACCUAGUACGGGAUUUCAAUAGUAUCUUCAGCGAGAUGGGGGCCUGGACCUUGCCUUCCCGCCCUCCUGAGCUUCCAGGUCCUGAAUCAGAAACACCUGGUGAGAGACUUCGGGAGGGACAGACACUUCGGGACUCAAUGCUUAAAUACCCAGAUAGUCACCAACCCAGGAUCUUUGGUGGGGUAUUGGAGAGUGAUGCAAGAACUGAGUCCCCUAAACCAGCACCAGAUUGGGGGUCCCAGAAACCUUUUCAUAGGUUUGAUGAUAUCUGGCCCGUGACUCCCCAUCCUAGAGCCAGAGAAGACAAUGAUCUUGAUUCCCAGGUUUCCCAGGAAGGUCUUGGCCCAGUUCUUCAGCCCCAGCCCAAAUCCUAUUUCAAAAGCAUCUCUGUGACCAAGAUCACUAAACCAGAUGGGAUAGUGGAAGAGCGCCGGACUGUGGUGGACAGUGAGGGCCGGAGGGAGACCACAGUAACUCGUCAAGAACCAGAAGGCAGUCCUAGAGGUGAUCCAGAAUCACCAAGACCUCCAGCCCUGGAUGAUGCCUUUUCCAUUCUGGAUUUAUUCUUAGGACGUUGGUUUCGGUCCCGGUAGCCUUGUUAACCUUAGGGGCCUUCAGAUCCUUUCCACUUCCCACUUGUUGCCCACCAUCAAAAAGCUUAGCUUCUUCUGCCACCUCAGGGGCUUGGAUAUGUGGAACAGUGAUUUGGGGGUGUGUCAGUCAGCCACUCACCUAGACUGACCAAUAAAACCUUUAUUUAUGCUAAA